AUGGUUGGAUCUGAUUCAACCGAGUCUUCGAACUGGGACUUUACCCCGGCACUUGAUCUCCUGCGGUCCCCUAAAUACGAGGGUACCCCGGCGAGAUCAAGUUGCCACCUUGAAUCCCAGUCUGAUGUUCAAGAUCAACCCAAGAAAGAUGUCUCAUCCGUUGCUAGUGGCCAGGCCGUUGGCCUUGCUUCCAAGCGCAGUCACACCAAGCUAGGUGAUUUCGGUCCCCUUUGGGAGGUCCUGGGCGCUCAAGAUCCGCCCAGCGUCAACCCGGACACAAGUAUAGCCGACCCCAAUCCCGAGGUUACUCAACCAGCACUUCAAGCCUCGCCGGCUUUCAGCGUCCUCGAGCUGCCCGUGAGCCACACGUCUAACCGAAACUCUAUUGAGUCAUCUGCUCUUCUUCCGUCCAAAACAUCCCCGGUCGCCGACAUAGCGAAACCCAAGACCUCCGCAAGUACCAGGGGACGUUCGAAACGCCAAGCUCAACCCAUCACCAUACUGAAGCGGGGAUCGAAACUCGAAACUGAUGGCACGGACAACAAUGUGAAAUUUGAAAGUGCACGAACCCCUCCCAGAACCAUCAUUGGGGCCGGUAGUCUAGAUACUCCCAAAGCGAGAAUCCAACCUCGGGUCACUCACAAGGAGACACAGACAACCAUCAACAAUUCAGCCUACUCUUCGGAGGCUAGUGCUGGAGCGGAGUCCGACUCCAGCUUCAUCUUUGAUCGUCCCAGCUCCAAGAAAUUCGGGGCCCUGGCUUUUGUCCCGCCUCAGAUCGGAACACCUGACGCUCAAGCCACCCGGUACGAUACACCACCUUCCUCAUUCGAGGAUCAAGACUUCGCUUUGAAUGCAAAGACCAUCGCAGCUCUCGCUCCUGGACAGCGUGUUCAGUCCAACGUCUACAAAUCGUCGACUGAGCGCAGAGUAUCCUUGAUGACCAAGCUUUUCAAGGAAUUUCCUGAAUACGCCAGCCUCGCAUCCUCGGUCGGACAGUCUGUCACCGGAUUCAAAGAUGCUGGUUCUAAACCUAUCCAUAUCUUUGUUGAUAUGUCCAACAUCAUGGUGGGAUUCCACGAUGCAGUGAAAUUGUCUCGCAAUAUCCCUCUCGAGACACGAAUCCGUCGCAUCCACAUGUCAUUCACCAACCUUGCUUUGAUCAUGGAACGAGGCCGCUACGCCGCCAAGAGAGUCUUGGUCGGGUCGGACAGAUUGCCCUCCAUCGACGAAGCUGAGACGCUGGGCUACGAAGCAAACAUUAUGAGUCGUGUGCAGAAGUUCAAGCACACUACACCCCGCCGCAACAAUAAGCCCCGGAAGAUUCCUGGCUUUGGUCCCUCAGGCGGUCCUGAAACGGUCGCCUCUGGGCGAUGGGCCGAGCAGGGUGUGGACGAACUUCUGCACAUGAAGAUCCUGGAGAGUCUUGUAGACAUUGUUGAACCGGCUACGAUUGUUCUGGCCACUGGAGAUGCAGCCGUUGCUGAGUAUUCGGGCGGUUUUAUGUGCCAGGUUGAGCGCGCGCUGCAGCGCGGCUGGUCUAUUGAGCUUGUCAGCUUCACCAAUGUUACAAGCUAUGCUUAUCGCAAGAAGGAGUUCCGCGCCCAAUGGGGCGAUCGGUUCAAGAUGGUGGAGCUGGAUCCAUACAUCGAAGAGCUAUUCGAAUGA